CCCCCUCAGCUACCUGUAAAUCUGCGAUGCCAUCUUCCAACAAUUGGACGAGACAGGCGGCCGCUGGAGCUAAAGGACAAAAAUAAUAAUAAUACAAAAAGCGAAAUCUUUUAUCCUUUUUGCUGAAUAUUUUAGAUUUUCGCCGUGAGGAGCGCAUUCAACAGUGCGAAGGAUAAGAGGAGCUGCUGAAAGCUGCGCCGUCAAACAAGGUGGAGGAGUGAGUGAAUCAUCGACUGACGAGGACAGCGCUCCUUUUUUCUUUUUAUCUGUGAUAAUAAUAAGCAAACAGAUCAGAAAUAUAGGGAACACUACGUUUUUUGGACCACGGAGAUUAUGUGAUUUUUACGCACAGAUCAAACGGAUGACGCGCAACUCAAGCCUUGGACGCGAUUCUUGAGGCGCACCUUGCUUUCAGAAGUUUCUUGUUAUUCCCCGUCUCUCUGCCGUCCACCUAACUUUAAAUAACCUUCCUCCUUUUGUGAAUGCAGACAAGAGGUAGCGGGAACGGUGAGCAAGGCGCGGUAAUCAAACAUGCCUGAGCCGUUGUGGCAUCAGGGGGCGCUGGCUGGAGCUCCCCGAAGCGCCUGACUCUCUCUCUCUCUCUCCAUCCGAGUUGAUUUGUUUGCUCCGAGGGGCCGGUAGGUGACCAGAAGUCCGUGAUGGCAAAGAAAGGAGAGAAAUACAGCCCGGACUCCUCGAUCCACAUAUCCAAGAUGAAUGUGGUCAUCCCGUUCUCGCCCGACGUGCCCUGUGACAGCAGCGGUCAGCGGAUGUGGUGGGCUUUCCUCGCCUCCUCCAUGGUCACUUUCUUCGGGGGGCUCUUCAUUAUCCUCCUGUGGAGGACCCUAAAGUACCUGUGGACCGUGUGCUGUCACUGUAACGCCAAGAAGAAGGUCGUACACCGGAUCACGACGGGCGAUGGCAUUAAGCGUACAGACAAAGAGGACGCUGCGGCGAGCGAGGUGGGCUGGAUGACGUCGGUGAAAGACUGGGCCGGAGUCAUGAUAUCCGCCCAGACGCUGACGGGAAGAGUCCUGGUAGUCCUCGUGUUCGUUCUCAGCAUUGGAGCCCUUGUUAUAUACUUCAUAGAUUCUUCUGAUCCCAUUGAAUCCUGCCAGAACUUCUACAAAGACUUCACCUUGCAGAUCGACAUGGCAUUCAACGUGUUCUUCUUGCUAUACUUCGGCCUGCGUUUUAUUGCUGCCAAUGACAAGCUAUGGUUCUGGCUGGAGGUGAACUCGGUGGUGGACUUCUUCACAGUUCCUCCGGUGUUCGUGUCGGUGUACCUAAACAGGAGCUGGCUGGGUUUGAGGUUUUUAAGAGCCUUAAGGUUGAUACAGUUCUCAGAAAUUUUACAGUUUUUGAAUAUUCUAAAGACAAGCAACUCCAUUAAGUUGGUGAACUUGUGUUCAAUCUUCAUAAGCACAUGGCUAACUGCAGCAGGCUUCAUUCAUUUGGUGGAAAACUCAGGGGAUCCUUGGGAAAACUUCCAAAAUUCCCAAACACUUUCCUACUGGGAAUGUGUCUACCUACUCAUGGUUACGAUGUCGACUGUUGGCUAUGGAGACGUUUAUGCAAAAACCACCCUUGGCCGCUUGUUUAUGGUCUUCUUUAUCCUUGGUGGUUUGGCCAUGUUUGCAAGCUACGUCCCUGAAAUCAUAGAGUUAAUAGGAAACCGCAAGAAAUAUGGUGGUUCCUAUAGUGCUGUUAAUGGGAGAAAGCACAUCGUGGUCUGUGGUCACAUAACGCUCGAGAGUGUGUCCAACUUCCUAAAAGACUUCCUACACAAGGACAGGGAUGAUGUCAAUGUAGAAAUUGUUUUUCUCCAUAAUAUUUCCCCUAAUCUUGAGCUGGAAGCCUUGUUCAAGCGUCAUUUUACCCAAGUAGAAUUUUACCAGGGGUCUGUCCUGAACCCACAUGACCUAGCCAGAGUGAAGAUUGAAUCAGCUGAUGCCUGCCUGAUCUUAGCGAACAAAUACUGUGCUGACCCAGAUGCCGAAGAUGCAUCCAACAUCAUGAGGGUAAUAUCUAUCAAAAACUACCAUCCAAAGAUCAGAAUAAUAACGCAGAUGCUGCAGUACCACAAUAAGGCUCACCUUCUGAACAUCCCAAGCUGGAACUGGAAGGAGGGGGAUGAUGCCAUUUGCCUUGCUGAGCUGAAACUCGGGUUCAUUGCCCAGAGCUGCCUAGCUCAAGGGCUCUCCACCAUGCUGGCCAACCUUUUCUCCAUGAGGUCCUUUAUCAAGAUUGAGGAGGACACAUGGCAGAAGUAUUACCUUGAAGGAGUAGCCAAUGAGAUGUACACAGAGUACCUGUCAAGUGCCUUUGUUGGGUUGUCCUUCCCAGUCAUCUGCGAACUCUGCUACGUGAAGCUGAAGCUACUCUUGAUAGCUAUAGAGUACAAGUCUGAUCAAAGGGAAAGCAGCACUUUGAUCAACCCUGGAAACCAUGUGAAAAUGCAGGAGGGAACCCUGGGCUUCUUCAUUGCAAGUGAUGCCAAAGAAGUAAAAAGGGCGCUGUUUUACUGCAAGGCCUGUCACGAUGAUAUAACAGAUCCCAAAAGAAUAAAGAAAUGUGGAUGCAAGAAAUCCAAGACACCCGCCUACAAGAGAAUGAGACUGGCAUGUUGCUUUGAUCGCAGGCGCUCAAAGUGGGAGCGCUCUUGCAUGCCGGUUAUAGUGCGUUGUAACUUGGACUCCCCUCAUCGGGACAUCCCACUCUCUGCUCUCUCUGUUAAUGAUUGCUCAGCCACUUUACGUGCCUCUAAAAAUAGCUAUAAUGGAUAUAUCAAAUCAAUUGAAGAGGACCAACAGACAGCUCUGUCACCCAAAAAGAAGCAGCGCAAUGGAGGCAUGAGAAAUUCUCCAAACUCCUCGCCCAAGAUAACAAGACACGACCCACUCCUCAUCCCAGGCAGUGAGCAGAUUGAGACCAUAGAUGAGAACAUAAAGAAAUACGACUCCACAGGGAUGUUUCAUUGGUGCCCGUCCAAAGAUAUUGAGAAGGUCAUCCUGACCCGCAGCGAAGCAGCUAUGACUGUUCUGAGUGGACAUGUGGUGGUGUGCAUCUUUGGAGAUGUGAAAUCAGCGCUGAUUGGUCUGCGAAACUUUGUCAUGCCCCUGAGAGCAAGCAACUUCCACUACCACGAGUUGAAACACAUUGUGUUUGUCGGUUCCCUUGAAUACCUGAAGCGCGAGUGGGAAACUCUACACAACUUCCCCAAAGUAUCCAUUCUGCCUGGCACACCGUUGAGCAGGGCUGAUCUGAGGGCUGUCAACAUCAACCUCUGUGACAUGUGUGUCAUCCUGUCAGCUAAUCAGAACAAUAUUGAUGAUGCAUCACUGCAGGACAAAGAGUGCAUCCUGGCGUCACUUAACAUCAAAUCCAUGCAGUUUGACGACAGCAUCGGGGUUUUGCAGGCCAAUUCUCAAGGCUUCACGCCACCAGGGAUGGACCGAUCCUCUCCUGAGAACAGCCCAGUCCACGGAUUAGUGCGGCAGACCUCUGUUACUACUGGUGCAAAUAUUCCCAUCAUAACAGAGCUUGCACCGUUAGCAAAGCAAGGCAAAAAAGUGCCUGUGAUUUCAUUCAGUCAGGAUAAAAGCAGUGGGACCAGCAUACAAAUGAUAACUGAGCUGGUUAAUGACUCGAAUGUUCAGUUUCUGGACCAAGAUGAUGACGACGAUCCAGACACAGAAUUAUACCUCACCCAGCCUUUUGCCUGUGGGACAGCAUUUGCAGUCAGUGUACUGGACUCCUUAAUGAGUGCGACAUACUUCAAUGAUAAUAUCCUCACCUUGAUCCGGACAUUGGUAACGGGUGGCGCCACGCCGGAGCUUGAGGGGCUGCUGGCUGAGGAGAAUGCAUUACGUGGUGGCUAUAGCACACCGCAGACCCUGGCAAACAGGGACAGGUGUCGCGUGGCACAGCUGGCCUUGUACGACGGGCCCUUUGCUGACCUCGGGGAUGGUGGGUGCUAUGGGGACCUAUUCUGUAAAGCCUUGAAAACAUACAACAUGUUGUGUUUUGGCAUCUAUCGCUUAAGGGAUGCACAUCUAAACACACAAAGCCAGUGUACCAAACGGUACGUCAUCACCAAUCCUCCAUAUGCAUUUGAACUCGUGCCCUCCGACCUCAUUUUCUGCCUGAUGCAGUUUGACCACAAUGCCGGUCAGUCACGGACCAGUCUUUCCCACUCUUCUCACUCCUCGCACUCUUCGAGCAAAAAGAGCUCUUCCGUCCACUCUAUCCAAACUACCAACCGCGCCAACCGAGUCAAAAGCAGGGAUUCACGAGACAAACAAAAUGCAACAAGGAUCAAUAGAGUUGGCCAAGAAAAGACACGGUUUACAGAUGAACCAGAGAAUACCCACCUGAGGACCAUACAGAUCAAUCCUGUGAAUACUCUCGCCAUCAAACCAGUCGGUCACAAUAAAUCCACCAGUAGCUUGAUCCCACCCAUCAGAGAAGCAGAGGAUGAGUGCUGAGCUCCGGACCUCACCCUGACACCUGGACAACUGGACCUCCAACAGGACAUAUUGAGUGGGUGUCAGUGUGGACCUUGGAUCAUUUAUCAGCAAGACAAACUGCUUUUCUUCCUUCAUCUUUGCAGCAAUGUAACAUCUGAGCUGAUGUAGAAACAUAAAGACAAUCCUAACCACCACUCAACUUUCAGUUUGCACAGCAGUGACCAGACUCCAUGACGGGGUUUUUUUUCUUUGCUUUUUCACUUUAUUUUGAGGAAUGAGGGUCACUUGAGCAAGAGCAUAACCAUAGGCAAUUAUAAGCCCUGCUGGAUAAAUUACUAUAGUUGUAAAAGUUGCCUUUUAAGCUGUACAUGAACAACUACUGCUACUGCAUUUGAGUCUGGUUAAAGUAUUCUGUACAGUUUGUUAGAAUGUGUAUUUCACAUCCAGCUGCACCCCCACACCCAUCCACCACCACAGUGGCAUUGUUGAGGACUGAUGCUGCGCCCCAUUUACCACAGGAGUCGGAAAUCCAGUAAGGGAUGAAAAUUGGCACUGGCCUAAAGUGGGUAAAUUUUUGAAAUGGUGGGGAGAUAUAAUCAGUUCAAGGGUCAGGAGGACAGGUUUGCAAUUUAUCAAUUCACCUAUAGGGAGCAACAACGCACCUGAGCUGCAGCUACAUUGCUGCAAAAACCAUUAAUAGUAGAAGAAAUACUGAACAGUUUUAUAUACACAGUAAGUAGUUGAUAAAAACUUUUAAACAUUCUCAAAAUGAGCCAAAUAAUAUUAUGAGCUAAAGAAAGCACUAACUGAGUGUUUUUUAUGAGAAUAGCAUUGUUCCUAAUGCGAGCAGCAGGUUUUGGAUUUUUUGACCUUUCAUUAUUUGAUGCUUUUGCAGUUUUGCGCUUUGUGUAACCCAAAUUUAUUCAGACAUUUUCUAAAGCAACAGGUGCAUUGGAACUAUAUUUCCAUUUUUUUAAAGAUCUUAACUUAUACAGCAGUGAACAGUGGUUGAUAAUUUACGUUUUAAUUACCUCAUGAUAAAUCACUUCCAAACUUUUUCUACCUUCAAGGUGACAUUUAUCAUGUGCAAUUUAACAGAAAAUCUAAUUAGUUGAAAUGAUACAUUUUAUACUAUAUUAUACAAUUUAAAACUUCUGCUACACAGGUGUGCUCACUGGAAAACAGAAAAUUGGCUGAACCACAUUGUGAUUCAUUUUCAGCUUUCCACAUCUGAAAUUAGCAAUACAUUUUUUUUUCCUGAGUGAUAAUUUGUGAAAUGAGACAGUUCUGAUCCCUUUUAACCUCUCUACAAACUAUGGCUUUAGCACAAGGAUGUAAAUGCGCAAAUAUUCUGAAAGUCUAAGAAUUAAACUGUCCCUAAAAUAACUGGAGAUAAAUCAAAAGCUGGCUCAAUAAAGCAAUAGUAUAGGGUGUGCACACGGUAUUUUAUUUUUUUUAUGUUCUCUCACAUUUGUGUAUUUUUGUAUUCAAUAAUACAAAAAAAUAUACAGGUCACACUAAAUGUGGUUCAAAGUAAUGUUGUAUGAUCAUCAAACUGUUAUUCUGUUAGAGCCAAUAGGCACAAAAGGGUAUCAUAAUUAUAAUCAAGAAUAUAUGGUGUAAAUUCAGAGUCUUCUGAAAAUAUACAGUUAAAUUAAAAGCAAGAUUUGAACAUUUAUAUUGUUUAUAUUGUUAUCUCCAACAUAUAUCAAAAGUACUUACCAACAGAGAGAAAUAUACUUGUAAUGUUUUAUUACUUGGGUAUGCACUCCACCUACAUUAUCCAUAAAGUAAGUAAGUAAGUAAAAAGAGAGAAGAUGGGAACACUUGGAUAUGUUUAUGAUUGAUUCCGUGGGGCUUGUUAACUGUGAGCUUCAUGAACAUGAUACCUACUGGUAGAAGUAGGAAACAACAAUGAAUUUGCUCUCUAUUUUAUGCAUAAAACACUGCAAUAUAUUCUGUAGAAAUGUAACAUUCUGGGGGUGACUGAUCAAGUCAAAACUGAAAAAUAAAUGUUUUUCACUAAAGCUUUCCCAAUGUUUAGCAAGCAUGGCAGCCAUGUUUGUGGUGGUUGGUGUUAAUAAGAAACCCACAACUUUUCUCCUGGAUAUUCCAAGUUCAGGACUUGUCACAUUUAGUUUUUUAACUCAACAUCCAAGGAUUCCAAGUGCAAGUGGUGCGCAGCAUGACUCUCAAUGGUUUCUUUGCCAUUUGGAGCUAAUUCACAACAUUUGUGAUGGUUAACAUCGGCCAGUGUCCAUACUGAAAUGGCAUAUGGCUCUAGCCUUAUCUCUAUACACAUGUACUUGUCUUAUCUUUGCCUUUUCAAGUCUGUAAAUGUUUUAAAUGCUUUCUUAUGCAAACCAAAACUCCCAAAAUACCACAAAUGAAACAAAAAGUAACUUUUUUAUGAUAGAGCUGUUUUUUUGUUCCUGAGAUCUAUUCAUUAGCACACAAUACCAUUGACAGUUUCUAUAACAGAGCAUGGCACAAUAUUCCAAGUAUGCAGAUGAGUUGAUAUUUUUUUAAAGCCACAUAUCGCAUGACGUGGGCAUCUUUAAGUCCUCCUUUGGCUGUAAGCACUGCCUGACACAGGAUUGUCUUGGAGGCAAUGAGGAAACUUGAAUGUACUCCAUGACCAAUCUUAAUGCCAUGAUCGCUUCAUUGCAUGGAUGCUCGUCAAACAGCUCUAUCAUAAAAACGGGUUUGUGUCCAAAAACAAGAAUUCUGAUAAAUCAAUAAUGAUCAACAAUAUCAGCAAAUAUGGUUGUUUUACUCUCAGAAAUCAUGUCUUAUUUAAAUAAUGGAACACAGCUAUAUUGGCACUAUUGUCACUUUACUUUAGUAUCCAUGAAGAUAGAAAGUAAUAACAUUAGUCCGUGACAUUCUGAAUCCACAGAUGGCCUAUCUUAGGAUUUGUGUUGGAUGUUGAAGGACAAAACACCAGGUUUGUGACAGUUUUACUGGCAUAGAGACAAUCUGAGCUAUCCAUUCCUCUGUGCCAGUAAUGUGCCAGGCAGUGCUGAAGCCAACGGAGGACUCCACAAAGACCCACUGCUGCGAAAAGAGGCUUCUAGUUUUGCUUUCUUACUGUCAGUAAUUCAACUCUCAAACGUCUUAAAAACAGCUUCCACCACCGUCGCAAAACAAUGUAUUUCAUGUAAAUCUGUAAAACUUAAUGUAAAGUAUUUCUUUGUAGCGUGUUCCUGUUUGACGGUACCUGUGGUGUUGAGAUGCAUUCAGCAUUGCUUGUAUUUAUUUUAUGCACUUUUUAGCACAUUCACUCAUCAAACGAUAGUCCUGAUUUGAUAUCUACGUCACUAUACGCAGAAAUAACAUUAUCGUCUUGUAUAAAUUUGAUUGUACAUAAAUUGUACAUGAUUUCAUUUUGUAUUUUCACAAAUUAAAAGCAGAUGUAUGGUGUUUUAUCGAA